AUGGGCCAAAGUCUGUUAGAAGCCUUACAUGUGCGAGUGGAGGGGUCUGGCAAGAAAAUCCUUGUCCUAGCCCAUGGUUUCGGCACCGAUCAAUCAGCAUGGAAGCACAUUCUUCCAUUCUUCGUGCGCGAUUACCGUGUUGUCCUUUAUGACCUUGUUUGUGCAGGCAGUGUCAACCCUGAAACCUUCAAUUUCUGCCGUUACACGUCUCUUGAUGCCUAUGUCGAUGACCUAUUGCAUAUCCUCGAUGCCCUUGGUGUCGAUCGUUGUGCUUAUGUUGGUCACUCCGUCUCUGCCAUGAUCGGGAUUUUGGCCUCUAUUCGCCGCCCGGAGCUCUUCACCAAACUCAUCCUCAUAGGGGCUUCUCCUAGAUUCCUCAAUGAUGAAGACUACCAUGGUGGCUUCGAACAAGGAGAAAUCGAGGAAGUGUUAUUGGCAAUGGAGUCUAAUUACGAGGCAUGGGUAAACGGUUUCGCUCCUUUAUCAGUGGGAGCCGACGUGCCGGCGGCAGUGAGGGAAUUUAGUCUGACAUUAUUCAAUAUGAGGCCAGACAUAGCACUAUUCGUGUCACAAACUGUUUUUAGUAGCGACUUAAGGGGUGUAUUAGGCCUAGUGAAGGUGCCAUGUUCGAUAAUCCAAACUGCUAAAGAUGUGUCGGUGCCGAUGUCAGUUGCGACCUAUCUGAAGAACCAACUCGGCGGGCUGAGCACGGUGUAUAUGUUGGAUACUGAGGGCCAUUUGCCUCACCUUACUGCCCCUAAUAUGUUGGUGGAAAAGCUCCGGCUAGCUUUAUCUGGGUGA